AUGUUCAAAGUAUUUAAAGGGUCGGGAAUCGAGUCGAAUUACUCGGUUUCGGCCAACCCGUCGUUCGUUUCCAACAACGUCUGGACGAUCUAUCCGGCCAAACACCGUACUACCAAGAAACGGUACUCUGUUUGGCAGUUUAGCAAGAGGGAGAUGGAAACAAGACUACAGACUAAUGGGCUUUUAAAUCGCACAAACAAGACGUUGUUGAUGGAAGAUGUUUGCACCACAAUUAGAAAUUACAUCACCAACCUGGCAAAGUUUAAACACCCAAACUUUCUCACCGUAAUUGAGCCCGUGGAGGACCACAAGAGCCGGAUUUUGUUUGUGACAGAGUACGUGGUGAACGACCUGGAAACGCUGUCCAAGUCGGACCUGGACGAGAUCAUCAUCACAAAGGGACUGUUACAGUUGGCAUUGGGACUCAAGUUUCUUCAUCAAAGCGUCCAUACAGUCCAUAUGAACAUCACCCCUAGUUCUGUGUUUGUCACCGAGAAUUUCGACUGGAAGCUCUCCGGGAUGCAAUUUAUCGAGCUGGUGGAAAACAGCGUCCAGGAAAAGUACAUAGACCCGCUGGACUCGCGGCUGCCGUCGUUUCUGGGACUCGAUUUCCGGUUCUCGUCGCCAAACCUGCUCGUCAAACACAACGUUGACUACAUCAACGACCUGUUUUCGAUCGGAUGUUUGAUCUUCUACCUGUUCAACGAGGGCGAGCCAUUGAUUGACUGCUCAAGUUCGAGCCUGCUGGAGUACGAACGUGCCGUCCAGAAACUGCGCCGUGUGCUGGACUCGGCUAAACUGCACUCCCACGCCAGUUUCAACAACAUCCCGGCAAACUACAUGGACAUCUUCAUCAAGCUGCUCACAGACACCCAGGAAACAAACAAGGACGUGCUCACGUUCAAGAGCCCGCUCACCGUGGACGACCUGCUUGGGUCCAAGAUCUUCAACAAUGAGCUGAUCCGCAUUCUGAACGUGAUCGACGAGUUCCCAACGUUGGGCCAGCCGGAGAAAAGCGAGUUCCUGUACUCGCUGACGCGCGACAUCUCGCAGUUCCCGCGCGCGCUGCUCAUCAACAAGUUCAUUCCGCUGCUGUCGGACCUGGUGACGCCGUUGCUUGCGCUCAAAACACUCGCCGACCACGACGAGAAGAUCAUCACUCUAUCCUGCGAAAACCUGCUCAUCCUCAGCAACCAGCUGUCCCAGCUCACCUUCACCGACAAGAUAUUCCCGCUGCUCAGCAAAGUUCUCAACGACAAGGAUCUCACCAGCUACGAGCUGCUGUUGCUGUCGAACUUGGACACCAUAAAGACAAAGCUCAACGCCAACGAGCACGAUCUCAGCUCCAAGUACACGGCGCAGUUCCAGACGUUGCUCAACAAGCUGUUUGAGAAGUCCCUCGUCGCCAACAAUGACCCAAACACCGUCCAGCUCCAGGAAAAGGUGCUGGUGAGCCUGCCCACGUUCCUCAACUUCCAGAGCUACUCCACCAUCAGCACAAAGAUGUUCCCUGCAAUCUGCCAGCUGUUCAGCUCCACCAGCUCUCUCAAGAUCAAGAACCUCACCAUCAACGCAUUUGACGUCAUGAUCAGCAAGAUGGGCGAGAAGAACCUGGAUACCUACGUUAUUGUAGAGAAGCUGCUCCCGUUGGUGCAGAACACGCACGCGUCCAACUUCAAGAACGCCAACUUGUUGAUGAACACUGUUCAACUAUACGAGACUAUAUUCAAGAGACUCCACACCUCGCCGGCCACGAUUUCGGUGGCCAACAACAAGGUGGAUGUCGCAGAGCUGAUAAGAAACACCAUCUUCUUCGAGCUCUGGAAGCUCACGGUGUAUGUGACAAGAAAGAGCGACCUAGACGUGAUUUUCCGCAUCGUGGCAGACGUGGAGACGUACCUCAAGAAGUCGAUCAUGAGCCAGCUCAAAGAGGAGCACGCUCCGGCCCCGCAGAUACGGUCUACGCCGGUUGUUCAGACCACAACCACGCCGGCCCCUGCGCCAGCGCCCGUGGUGGACGACUUUGACGAUUUUGCCAGCUUCGACACGUUCCAACCGGCAAUGAAGCCCACGCCCGCUGCUCCGUUGAAGCUCGAGCCAAAGAAACAGUGGACCCCGGCCGCUGUCGCGCCUACAGCACAAAAGCCAGCCACCUCCGACCCGUUUUCGCUGCUGCAACCAAUGAAGGCCACACGCGUGUCUUCGCCACAGCCUCAGAACACACCGUCGCCACAGCCGUCACCACAGCCGUCAACCAUCGACUGGUCAAGGACAAUGACCCCCAAGCCGAAAAACACAUCCACAUACAACUCCCUAAUAUGA